AUGAGUACGCGAUAUUUUAAUCAACUGGCUCUGCGGAAGCAGAAAAGUGCAUUGCAAUUACAAGGCGUUGGCAGUGGCAAUCGCUCAUAUACUAAUGGCCGGGCAGUCUUGCGCAUAUUUUCGACUGUCAAUGCUUUAUUUGGCUUGGAUGUUGAAUUCUACAUCAUCAACAAAAUUACCUCAGCAAUCCCUGUGGCUCCAAUCAUGGAAAACUGUUGGCAGCAUUUACGCAAUUUGCCUUUGGCAGACCCGAAAUUUGGCGAAACUGAUGGCAUAGUUCGUGGCGAACUUGAUGAUCCUGUGGCACAAAAUACGCAAUUAGGCUGGGUUGUAUUCGGACCAGCUGAAGAAACCGUGCAUAACUACAAGGCGGAACAAUCUAUGGCAUUGCGUGUGGAGGCGCCUGAUGAGCGAGUUGAUGACCUUCUACACAGGCUAUUUGAAUCCAAAGAAAUUGAGAUGGCUAAAGGCGAUACACUAGCAGCAGUUGAUCUUUGCGAGUGCAUUUUCAUGAGCACCCAUAAGCGUUUUGAUGAUGGCAGUUAUUGUGUACAAAUACCAUUUACAUCAGAUGCUCCACCACUUGGCAAUUCACAUCAGAUGGCACUCAGGCAAUUUCACCAGUUGGAACGAAAAUUGGCAUCCAGCUCAGAGCUGAGGCAAAGAUAUGUGGCUUUUAUGCGCGAAUACGAACAACUUGGUCACAUGCACCCUAUUCAGCAUCAUUCAGGCGACCCAUCUCAGGCAUACUACAUUCCACAUCAUGCAGUCAUGGCAAAAUUCCGAGUCGUAUUCAAUGCUUCCGCAAAAACAUCGAAUGGCAUAUCAUUAAAUGAUACACAACUCGUUGGCCCCCCAAUACAGGAUUUUUUACUUAACCUUUUGCUUCGCUUCAGGCAGCAUCGAAUAGCAUUCACAGCUGAUGUGGAGAAAAUGUUCAGGCAAGUCAAGGUUGACGAGAGGCACAGGCAGUGGCAACAGAUCCUCUGGCGGGAAUCAUCCGAUCAGCCCAUUCGCACAUAUCAAUUGGCUACCGUUACAUAUGGCACAACCAGUGGCACAUAUUUGGCUGUUCGCACUAUGCAGCAAUGUGGCAGAGACAAUUCUUAUAAACUCUCAGAUGAAUUACGAGCUAAAACUGCUUUGCACAGCAUCCUGAAUGUUUUCUACGUAGAUGACUACCGUAAGAGUACACCUUCUGUUGGCAUGGCGAUUCAACUGGCGGCCGAUGUCUCAUCCGUUUUGGCAGACGGUCAGUUCCAUCUCAGGAAAUGGAAAUCGAAUAGCGCUGAAGUCUUGGCGCAUCUUCUUGGCGAUGCUGAUCCAUGUCAGCUUAAUCCGCACUUGGCAGAAACUACUGUUCUUGGCUUACACUGGGAUCCACUCACUGAUGAACUCUUCUAUCAGGUCAGCUCUUAUGAUGCACAACAUCUUACGAAAAGGCAAGUGCUUAGCGAUGCAGCAAAAUUAUAUGAUCCAAUUGGCAUGUUGGCACCAGUCAUCAUUACGGCUAAACUUUUCAUACAGAAACUCUGGCAGGCAAAAUUGGCACGGGACGACCCAUUACCACUUGAACUGUUGCAAGAAUGGCUCAUAUACCGAAGGCAGCUGUCCCAACUGGAGGCAGUGCGAAUACCGCGUUGGAUAGGCAUGCAACCCGGAUAUCAAAUACAACUUCACGGCUUCUGCGAUGAUAGUGUCAAGGCAAUGGCUGCAGCACUCUAUUUGGCAACAAACCACAAUGGCAGUAUCACUAGUCACAUUAUCGCAUCAAAAACUAAAGUGGCACCAUUACAUUCGGUAACAGUACCCCGAUUGGAACUUUGUGCUGCGCAAUUGUUGGCUACUCUUUUACACGAAACAAGGCAGGCUUUGCAUUUGGAGCACGUACCAUACACUCUAUACUCCGACUCAAAUAUUGCUCUAUGUUGGCUACGCAAAAACACAUCACAAUUAAAGCAGUACGUUGCUAAUCGCGUUGGCUGCAUUCAAUCGAUGACAGAUAUCAAGCAUUGGCAUCACAUUCCUACCAAACUCAACCCAGCUGAUUGCGUCAGUCGUGGCAUAUUCCCUUUGGCGUUGCAAAACCACGCAUUAUGGUGGCACGGUCCUAAUUCAACUGAUUAUUCAAUCAAUGAGCUGCACCACUGUGCACCAGCAGAGCUGGCAAUAAUGGAAGGCGAGUUAAAACCAGUUAAGGUAAAGGCAUUGCAGGUAAUAGGUCAACCCGCAUUACAGACACACUACACUGCUGGCGACGAAUUGGUCGUCAUAGAUCUGUUGCACCGGUUCAGCCAUCUUGGCAAGCUAUUGCACACUACUGCAUACAUAUUGCGUUGCAAAAAGGCACAUCAUCGUUUUCGUUCGCAUACACACAUCUGUACAGGCGAAAUGGACAUUGCUUUAAAUCACCACAUCAAGGCAGAACAAGCGAAAUAUUUCGCAGUUGAAAUCAAGCAGCUAAAAAAGGCACAGCCCAUAUCCACAUCCAGCAAGCUCAUUGCACUGAGUCCAUUCAUCAACUACACAGCGGACAAUAUAUUGCGAGUAGGCGGACGCCUACACAAUGCGAGGGUGGCAGAGCCACAGCGUCAUCCAAUCAUUCUUCCGAAGGAUAGCACAUUGGCCAGGCUUUUAAUAUGGCAGGUGCAUCAGGACACACUUCAUGGCGGUAUACAAAUUAUGCUUCAUACGAUUCGACACAAAUAUUGGAUUCUACAGGCACGCAUUUUGGUUAAGCAAUGCAUACACUCAUGCGCGAUUUGCAGGCGGCAUAAACACAUAAUGCUACAACAACGUAUGGCGACAUUACCAAAGGCUCGGGUCACCCCAUCUCCACCAUUUGCAAGAUCUGGCUUAGACUAUUGCGGUCCAUUCAACAUACGCAUUGGCUCCAAGGCUGUUCGAACAGUGCGGAAGGCUUACGUGGCAAUCUUUGUGUGCAUGGUAACCAAGGCAGUGCACAUCGAACUGGCUGAAGAUCUCACUUCUGAGGCUUUCAUAAAUGCAUACACCCGUUUCGUAAACCGGCGUGGUCCAUGUAAUCAUUUAUACAGUGACAAUGGCACUACAUUCAUUGGCGCAGAUCGCUUAAUGGCCGCUGACUUACAGGCUUGGCAUAAUGAAUAUUCUCAACAGCAAUUGGCAAAUCGAGGCACAAAAUGGCAUUUUCUACCACCUGGCGCACCUCAUCAAGGCGGUCUAUGGGAAUCUGCCGUUAAGUCAGCAAAGAAGCACUUACUACGCAUUGUUGGCACCCAUUCCAUUUACUAUGAUCAGCUACAUACUCUACUUGUACAUAUCGAGGCUUGCUUGAAUUCACGUCCACUUAUACCAUUGCAUGACACUUGUGACGACAAGAUGACUCUAUCACCUGCAGAUUUCCUAAUUGGCAAGGCACGCAUUUUGGUCAAGCAAUGCAUACCCUCAUGCGCGAUUUACAGGCGGCAAAAACACAUAAUGCUAAAACAACGUAUGGCGACAUUACCAAAGGCUCGGGUCACCCCAUCUCCACCAUUUGCAAGAUCUGGCUUAGACUAUUGCGGUCCAUUCAACAUACGCAUUGGCUCCAAGGCUGUACGAACCGUGCGGAAGGCUUACGUGACAAUCCUUGUGUGCAUGGUAACCAAGGCAGCGCACAUCGAACUGGCUGAAGAUCUCACUUCUGAGGCAUUCAUAAAUGCAUACACCCGUUUCGUAAACCGGCGUGGUCCAUGUAAUCAUUUAUACAGUGACAAUGGCACUACAUUCAUUGGCUUACAGGCUUGGCAUAAUGAAUAUUCUCAACAGGAAUUGGCAAAUCGAGGCACAAAAUGGCAUUUUCUACCACCUGGCGCACCUCAUCAAGGCGGUCUAUGGGAAGCUGCCGUUAAGUCAGCAAAAAAGCACUUACUACGCAUUGUUGGCACCCAUUCCAUUUACUAUGAUCAGCUACAUACUGUACUUGUACAUAUCGAGGCUUGCUUGAAUUCACGUCCACUUAUACCAUUGCAUAACACUUGUGACGACAAGAUGGCUCUAUCACCUGCAGAUUUCCUAAUUGGCAAGGUACCUAGCAAGAAAUUAUCAUACUCGCGAAAGAUAUGCAGGCUUGUGGAGCAUCCUGAACGUACCCGUCCAGCCGGGGAGGAUGUUUGA